GCAACCUACUCAACAUAAUACAGCAAUUACUUCAAGAACGUACUAAAUCCUUCCUAUCAUUAAACUUGGUCAAUAUAGGAUCAUCGGAUAUGCAUAGGCCUACAGAAGAAUAUGCUAGGCCUAUGAACAUGGACGAAGAGUUUUUACAAGUCUGCAAUUUGUCAGUGAGGCUAUCAAGAGUGGCACUCAACAGAUUUGAUGUAGGUGUUGUCUUUGCCCAAAUAAUUUGUGCUAUUUCAGCUGUUGUGAACAUUGCUGCCAUUGUCGUUAUUGCUAGUACCAAGGAACUCCAAAAAAGACAGAAUAUUUUUACGUGUUCCUUGGCUUUUUCUGAUGGGAUAUUUGCACUAGGAAGCCUAGCUACACUUUUAAGGCAAGAGGAUCAGUCAGUCUUUUGCCUGGUAAUGUUUGUAAUAACUGACAUUUCAGUGACUGUGUCUCUCCUUACCAUCGGCUUCAUAGCAUUAGAACGAUUCAUUGUCAUCGUGUGGAAACCAUUUGAGCGUGAUAAGAUAUCCACUAAAACAAUUGUCAUUCUUUGUAUUUUCAAUUGGAUGUUGUCCACAUCCGUGUCUCUUCCAGGCUACAUUGCAGAUUUUACUGCAGAAACGUAUCUUACCAAACCAUCUUUAAUCACCGGUGUUAUCGUAAUUCUCAUUAUCCUAUACAUCGCUAUAUACUGGAGGGUACGCCAACACGAAUUGAAAAUGAAAGCAAUUAAGUGCAAGCGCAAAAAGGUAAACUCGGAUCGUCUGUUUGUGACAUUUUCGAUUAUUCUUGGUAUCUUUGCUCUCUGUUGGUUGCCGUACUGCAUGGUAAUGAUUUUUGAUAAUUACAUGGUGUAUAAUCAUUGCGAUAAGGAGCUUACGCUUUUGUAUAUGGUAGGCUAUGAACUAAUACUGAUAAAUUCUUUGACCAAUCCAUUUUUGUACCUUUUGAGGAUAACGGAAUUCCGCAACGCUUCAUUUAGAUUAUUUACAUGCAGAAAACGAACAUCUUUUUAAUUUAGUUUGGAGGGUUUCUAUGGUUAACAUUUUUUGCAUGCAGUUUAUGCUACAUGCUAAGUUGAUGUUCAUGGUUAAAGGGGUUCAAAUAAGAUAUUGAUUGCUAUGAUUCAUCGAGAAUGAUAGUAAUUACUUUAUAAGUCAGAUAACAAGAUUCCGUUUGACAGUUCCAUUAUUAAAAUUAUAUUACAACGACUGGUGUGAGUACGGUGAUAGGGAAACACGAUACAAUAUAAAUUGAACUAUUAUUCAGUUUUGUCAAUCACUUCAGUUCUGCUUUCAGAUGAGUAUUUACGAAGCCGCCUAUAAGUAUUAGAUUUAGAAUAACAAUCUGUCAUGGUACCAGUAUCUCAUGAUACCAGUAUGGCGAACGCGUCGGUUAAGGCCAAUUGCAGUCAAAUUUUGUUUGAAAUUCUCUUUCAUGAACUUGACACGAACAAGAAGUACACGUCAACCUUAAUACUCUUGAGUGUUACCUGUACAAUAAGUACUCUCUUAAACGUUGGUUGCGUUUUUAUUUUUGCAUCUGAAAAAAGCUUGCAUAAACGGCAUCACACCCUUACAGGUUCAUUAGCAGUGUCAGAUUGCAUGUACGUUAUUACUUUGAUGAUAGUAAUCUUUUAUCAAGAGCUUGAGCCAUCAAUUCGAGAAAUAUUAAGCACAAUUAGUUUCGCUUCUUCUGUAGUAUCUAUCGAGACUGUUCUAGCUAUUGCCAUAGAGCGGCUAUUUGUGAUCAUUAUCUUUCCUUUCAAGAAAGAUUUGAAUUCGCCAAAGAAUCUUUUUACAGUUUGUGCCGUAAUUUGGUUUAUUUCAUAUUUAACAGUGGGGAUUUUGAUUUCGACGGGUAGGUUGCUUGAAUUUAAAGUUAUUCUCUCUAUUUGGAACUUGGCUGUUAUUAUACUGGUAUCAGCAACAUAUUGUGUGAUUUACAUUUCUGUCUGCAGACAUGAAAAACAAUUGGAUAUUGUUCCACCAGAAAUGAGACUUUCCAAAAGGCUUUUGAAGACGUUUGCAAUUGUCGUCUUUGUAUUUGAAAUUAGUUGGCUGCCAUUAGAUAUAAUUUAUCUUUUAGAUUAUUCUUUCAAUUUCAGAUGCGAUGAUAAUUUUAAUAUUGACAUAUUCAUUUUGUGUUUAACCUUAACACUGACACAUUCAGUGAUAACCCCAAUUUUGUACGGAUGGAGAAUUGAAGAUUUCAGAAAAGCUGUGACCAAUCGGAUAUGCCUGAAAACCACAGCAAUAACUACAGUUUACGCUUGAACAAUGAGCGUGAAGUAUGCAGAAAUGUACGAAAGCUCUCAUAAUGGCGGCACAAAAAACCAAUCGCCACUGGUAAUUAGGUGACCUAGUGUUUCUUAGCGUAGUUGAUUCUUCAAAAUUCUAUCACACUCUUUAGCAGUCUUGGGGAUUCGCACAUUUUAUGCUAGUACGCAAAAUCAAGUUUUUUCAGUGUUCUGGCAUGCUCAAUAAGUGGAGAAUAAAAUUGCAUAUUUAGAAGUUGAGAUUUUCAAAACUUUCUACUACCAAGCCAGUCAGCAAAUACAAAAUACACAGAGAAUAGUUUGAAUAAUGUAGGCCCUAAACAUGUCUAGUUAAAACGUUUCACAGAAAGUUUUCUAUUAUGUUACUGAUCUAAUGCUAACGAACACAAUAAAAUUGUCAUUGCAUUAUUCUCUUAUUUAGUAUACAUAAGGCAUGUACACAAAACAUGUAAGAGGUGGAAUGUACGUUACAGUGUGUAAUGAUUUGAUCGCCUCAACAAUUUAUAAAUUGAUCGUUGGAUUAACCUAGGAUUUUAAUAACGAAAAGUUUACUAAUAAGUUUCGACUCUAGCAUUAGUAUAGGUAGUUUUUAUCUAAACAUGUAUAUAUUUUUCUAUAUUGUAUUUUUUUUAAAUUUUCAAUCUUUCGACAAGAUAUAACAAAAAAGUUUGAACAAGGGUAUCGAGGAAAAGCAAAAAUGUAGGCUUACUGAUACUGUAUGAUAUUUAUAUUGUACGAUAUAUGUCAUUUUGGUAUCAGAAAGCCUAUUGUAUGAAAUAAUAAUAUGCUAUAAAAGCCUAUAUAUUCUGAUACGACAUGUUUUGACUAAAUUAAUAAAUAACAAUAAUAAUAGUCGUAUCACUCAAUUAUGCCUGUUGCAAAUCUUAGUAAAUGUGUACCUUUGCUGCGAGUAAAUUUGCUAAUCUAACGUUGGCAAAUUGUAGAGGAAAAACAAGAGUCAUGGAGUGUAGGUCUACACUGAGAGUAGUAUAUAUCUCUGUCUUAAUACUUGAACAAAUUUGGCAAGCAAAUGUAUAAAGUCUUCAACAUAUAGAUAAAUGUUAUAUGUAAAUUAUUGGUGUUAGGGUGUCUGUGAAAAGUCUUGCUACUUUCCAUAUCAGUAUUUCAAACUACAGUUAUAAACACUUUCACAUUUUUUGUGAAAUUUAAUUGAAAAUUGAUUGAUUAUUGAAAAUGUAGUCCGAUUGUAAAGUUCUAUUCAAAAGGAAUAAAAAAUAUUAGAAAUAAGUCACUAGCACGUUUCAAACGCCAAAAAUAAAAUGACGAAAACACAA